AGCUUGUGCACACUAGCUUGCAUGGCUGUGCACAGCACAGCCAUCCAAAGCAGUGUGCUUACAAUGAAGCACAAACACACCCAGCACACAGUUAACCCUUUGAUCACACCCCAUGUUAACUCCUUCCAAUGCCAUUAGUACAGUGCCAGUGGGGUUUUUUUAGCACUGAUCACUGUAUUGGUGUUACUGGGGAUGUCAGUGACACCAAGUCAGUUCCCCUCAGUGUCAGAAUGCCCACUGCAGUCCCGCUAUAAGUCACCGAUCACCGCCAUUACUAGUAAAAAUAAAAGAAAAAAUUCCAGUAUAUAUACCCCCAUUUGUAAAUGCUAUAACUUUCACGUAAACCAAUUAAUU